AUGGCAGAAAACUUACGUGAUGAAAAGAAAGGCCAACCUAAAACGCCAGAACAAACUUUUCCAAUUAUGUCGAAACUCAUCUCACCUCAUUUAUUAUCAUUGCUUACAAUAUUUCCAUAUCAAUGGCUAAAUAGCAAAACGAAAUUUAAUGAGAAACAACUACCUUCACGUAAGGAUUUUAAUAGCGAUUUAGAUGGAUAUAAUUGUUGCGAGCAUGGGUGUGAAAACAAAGAAUGUGAACAUGAGAAAAUUUAUACUAUAUCUCAAAAGGAUUAUGGCUUUGCCUGGAUAGUUUGGGUAGAAACGGACCCUCCUGAAGAUUCGGAAACUUCCAGCUUAGCAACGUAUACUCCCACAUCACAUAUGGAUAUGACAAAACUUGAGACGCUUAUUCUCUAUAUCAAAAUAUCACUAACGCGAAUCUAA